GCAUCUUCUGUCAUUGUCGGCUAAUUUCCUGAUUGUUAAAUCGAUGAUGCAUAAUAGUUACACGUUAAAAAAUAAUAUUGUUCAUGCUAUUAUAGUUGUAAUACCUCGAAAUCGAACAGCUAUCAAAUGUGAAAGGUUGGAUUAAAUUCAAGAGAUAUAACAAUACAGAAAACAGUAACAAUGCAGCUAUUUUCAUUUGGAGGAAUUAAUAUCCUCAAAAGUAUUCGGAAACAGUUCUACUUUGAUGAAAAUAGAUUUGCUCAUGAAUAUACUAAAUAACAGUAUUCUACUUGGCAAUUCUAUUGAAUCUCCGUGAUCAACAGGGAAGAAGUAAUUUACAAAUAUACCAUGCCACGAAAAAAGGCUGUUGGUGCAAAGAUGUCAAAAAAACUGAGCUUUUGUGGUCUUGUUGGCUUAACAUCACUCUGCAUCCUGUUUUUAGUCUUUAAUCAACGUUACAACAACUACAUUGAGCAUCGACUACAGCCAGUAAUUUCGGAUGCAGAGAUGAGAUCUCAAGUUGAAAAACAUGAAGACUUAUUUAUGAUUUUUUCUGAUAGAAAAAAUUUUACACUCCUUGAGAUUCAAGAAGUGGUUGAUCAACAACGACAGGUCAUUGCCAGGGAGAUGGAAGAUUAUGAAUAUCCUAAUGGAAAAUAUGGUAUAAACGUCAGCAAGUUAGAUGAUCUAGUCAUUGAAAGAGGCGGACGGCCUAUAAGAAGUGUCAUUCUUGCGAGCUGGCGUAGUGGUAGUACCUUUGUAGGUGAUGUUGUCAAUUCUCAUCCAGCCAAUUUUUAUCACUACGAACCAUUGUUGGAUUUUGGAAUUAUACAAGUUCGAGGUUCUCCUCUUGCUGAAACGGCUAUUAAUAAUAUUUAUGCUCUUUUUAAUUGUGAUUACUACAAACUCAAAAAUUAUUUAAACUUCGGAAAAACUCAUCCUUGGGUGUUCAACCAUAACACUCAUUUAUGGCGACAGUGUAUGAUUCAUAAAAAAUUAUGCUGGGAUCCUCAAUUUGUGUCGAGAUUUUGUAAAAUAUUUCCUUUCCAGUCCAUGAAAUUGGUACGAUUAAGAUUAAAAAUCGCCGAAGUACUGCUCAAAGAUGAAAGCCUUGGUGUUCGUAUGGUUUUAUUAAUGCGAGAUCCACGGGGACUUAUGCAAUCAAGGAAACAUCGAAAUUGGUGUCCUAGUAGUCCUGACUGUUAUGAUCCAGCUCGAGUAUGUGCUGAUAUGAUAUCAGAUUAUGAAUCAGCAGUUCGACUGAAGAAACAAUACUCACAAAGAUUUAAGGUUGUGCGUUAUGAAGAUUUAUCUAUUGAUCCAUUUUUGAAUGCUAAGAAUCUUUUUGAAUUUUAUGGCUUAAAUUUUCAUAGCAACGUCAAAAAUUUUUUAGAAACACAUACUAAAAACGAUUUUGGAGGGGUUUCAAGUACAUUUAGGAAUUCAAAAGCUGCUCCAUUUCAUUGGCGAAAUGAUUUAGACUUUGAAGAAGUUGAAGAAAUACAAAGUGUCUGUUCAAGAGCUAUGAGUUUAUGGGGUUAUGUGCUAGCUUUAAAUGAAUCUCAUCAAAAAUCAUUUAAUCCCAUAACAGAUUAUCGCCUUGAAUUAUGAUAAUUUUAGAAGAAAUUGUUCACUUUUGCAUAAAUAUUGAUAACUUUAUAUAAGUCCAAACAUUUUGCUCUAAACAGAAUCUUUACACCGUACACACGUAAAUGUGAUAGAAAUGUUAUCAGUUAACCUAAUUCGGAACUGACUUUAAUUUGUAAAUAUUUAAUUUUAUUAGAUUAAUUUUUGAAUAACGAACACAAAGCUUUUUACUAAUUUUUUUAUCUUGGAAGUGUUUCAAAGUGCCUGGUCAAGAGACCUUUGAAUAUGCGCUUUUAGAAAAAGAUGCUUUUUAAAAACGAAAAUUUAAUGAAAUCAUGCAUUAUUCUCAUUAAUUUUUUUAAUCAAUGAAUACACCAACAUUUUUUGUUUUAUUUAUUUAUUAGAUUUUGUCUAACUGUUAUCACAUCGCUGCAAAUAAAAAUUUUAUAUUUAAUUACUGGUCAAUACAGUAUUACAAAGAAUUAUAUUUUUUAAUUAUUUCAGUUAAAAUGAAUUUAUAAUCACUUAAGUCAUAGCGUAUAUUAUACCAUCAUAUUUAUAUUAAAAAGAAAUGUUCGAAUUUAAAUUUUCUUAAAACUUACAAAAUGUCGAGCAAUAAAAUUCCUCUCUCAGAAAAGGUUGAUUUUCAUAAAAUUGUCCUAAAAUGAAAAAAAAAAGUAUUAACUACUGGUUGAAAAAUUUUCAUAAAAAUAAUUUUUUACUUUGAUAUCAGUGAGGGCAAGUUGGAAUCAUACUCGUAUGUCAUAAUAGCGUAUACAUUUUGAUCAUCAUUUUAUUAUCAAAUAAUUUUUAAAUAUUGUACAAUUAAUUAUAAUUACCUAAAAAGCCAAUUAGCCAAUAGUCAGCACCGCCUGAAAUAUAAAAUGAUAUUUUAAUGUAUUUGUAUACUAAAUUUAUCAAUUUAUUCUUCAUUAAAAUAAAAAUCAGAUAAAAGGUGACAUCAAAUGUAAUCAGUGAUAUGCUUGUCGAAAAAUCAUCACUUGAUGGAAGAUGAAAAUAAAUUUCUAUCAAAGAA